CCUCCACCGCAUGAUUCAUCCUUCGUCACACUACUCUUCAGACCCUCUUCCUUGGUUUGUUACACCAAAGACCCUAAUUCUGGACGACUGCUUUCUAAAAAUGAGGCGCCUACCUCAAUCACGAGGCGAUCGGCAAGCGCGCAAUCUGAAAAGGAGUCUAACAAGUUGGGAGUUCAGGAUGCGUUUAUAAAGCAGAAAAUGUAUAUUCCUGCUGCAAAUUCGUCUCCAACUCCCGUGACAGAGUCAAAUUACGAUUGUUCUGCAUCUUUGUGUCCUGCUGCGACAUAUUUGUCCAUACAUCUUCGCCAAAAAGAGCAGGCGCAGCAACUAAGGGAAAAUAUCCAUCUGCUCCCAGCAACAAAGGGUAAAAGAUCACUAGGUGUCUCCCAGGGAUACGUUUCCAACUGUCUGGAGGGCAACGCCCAAAUCCACAUGUUGUCCAACUCAGGCAUGGUUUCGCAGGAAAGAGACUGGAGUAAAAAGGUGAAAGGGGCCCAGAAGCUUUCCAGCCUCUUUGAAAUAGAGGAGGAAGAGGAGGAAUGGGAUAAAAACGAAGAGACGAAUGAUGCGCAAAUGAAGGAAUAG